AGCUAAGGAGGGAGGAGCUCUCUCCUGUCUCCUAUAGCUGUAAAGCUCAAUCUUACUUUUUCUUUUACUUUUUUCACUUUUUAACUAAAUAUGUUUAAAUUUGUGUUGAGAUCACAAUUUAUUUCCAGAUUAUUAGCAGAAAAGUAUGUCUUGAUCCUGGUGCUGAGCUACUUUUUAGGAUGCCUGCAGUUUAAAAUAGGAUACGUUAUCCUAAUCCUGCUGGUACUAAAAUGCUACAUGUUGUGGAGAAGCCGCCGCCGCCCCACUGAGAAGAAGACAGAGGAAAUCCCCAAGGAGAAGAAAAAAGCUCCUGGAAGAGUCCCAGGGGAACACUUCGAGAGGAGCAAGUCCCUGAAUGCGAUUUUCGAGAAUAUCUGGCCGUAUCUUACUGAAUACUUGGAGACGAUGCUCAGGCAGAAGAUUCAGCCGAAAAUCCGCUCUUCUAGCAAAUAUCUGGCCUCUUUGCGAUUUAUAAAUAUCGAUUUUGGCGACAAGCCCCCAGAGGUCACUGCUUUAAGAGCCCACGGCGAUCCGGAAAGAAAACAGAUUAUCCUGGAUCUUGAAAUCAGUUACGAUACAGAAGUGAAGAUCGAUAUAGGAUUCAAUGAGAAAACCCCAAUAGCCGGAGUGAAAUCUAUAAAACUGGAGGGAACCUUGCGGAUUAUUUUGGCACCGCUGAUGGAGGACGCGCCCUUAUUCGGUGCAAUUACUUUCUAUUUCCCUCAGCGACCGGUAUUGGACCUACGGUGGAUUGGACUUACCCACCUGCUGAAUAUCCCAGGACUUCACACAAUGUCGGAUAAGAAGAUUGUGAACAAAAUUGCCAAGUUCAUGGUUGCGCCGCAGCAUUUCAGCCAACGAAUAAAAGCCAAAUUCGAUUUGAAUGAGCUGCACUUCAAAGAGCCAAGGAUUGUGCUUCGUAUCCAUGUGAUAGAAGCCAAAAACCUUAGAGCCAAGGAUCUAAGUUCUUCGGACCCGUAUGUUGUCAUACACGGAGGAGGAACAACAGUGCAAACCAAGGUGAUACAGAAGGACCUUAAUCCACAGUGGAAUGAGACGUUUGAGAUACUGUAUACUGACCUCCCAGGGCAGGAGGUAGAGUUCAAUCUCUUUAAUAAAGAUAAGGAAUUGGCCAAAGAUCAGCCUUUGGGCAGCUGCAAAAUCAGAAUUGCAGAUGUCCCAGAGAGAAUGUACCUAGAUAAGUGGAUACAGUUGGAGAAUGCAGAGUCUGGGCAGCUCCAUAUCAAGCUGGAACGUCUCCAGCUUCUUUCAGACCCUACCAAGUUGGAAGAGGUGCUGAAAGAAAAUGAGCAAACUCAGACAGAGAGAAGAACGCAGAUGUCUUCAGCAGUUCUCUACACCUUUAUUGAGAAAGCAAGGGGUCUACCUGUUGUACAGGUGCAGAAAGGCAAACUGAACCCACUCGCUGUGGUGCAGGUUGCCGUUCAAGACUCCGUCCAGGAAACUGGAAGCAAAGUGAAGAACGGAGAAGUAGAGUGGAAAAGGAGGUUCCAGUUCCUAUUAAGGAACCCACUCACUGAGGAACUGAAGCUUAUGUUACAUGAUGAACGCCAGAAACCUCUUGGAUGUGUUGCUGUGCCCCUAUCACAACUUGUGGAUGCAGCAGACAUGACCAUAGAGGACUGGCUGCCCCUGGAAUCGACAGAAGAGAAUAGAGACAUACGAGUGAAACUGCAAUUGAGGAUUUUGGCACCUCAUCCUUACAGUGUUAAGGAAGAGGAACAAAUCCCUGAGGAAAUCACCAGGGUUCCUUUGUUCCAUGGAGAGACCAAAGCUCAAAUUUCCAAACGGAAAUCAUGGACCAAAGUCAGAAAACUAUUUGCCAAGAAGAAAUAGAACAACGUGGCAUCACUGGUAUUUGUAAGGCCUCCAUACAAGAACAGUAUGUUGGACUAAAAAGAUUUAGAAAGGGGAGUGCAACAUAAAAAAAAGCCAGUAUGCUCAUCUGGAGGCCAAGCAAGCCAGAAUGCCCAACAAACACAGGGUGCUGAGGAGGAUGAAGGAGGAGGAAGAGGUGGAUUUAAUACCAACACCAAUACAACAGCACCCAUUUAAUGUAUGUAAAAAUUAACUGGAGAUUAAAAAACAGCACUCCCCACAGUCAGAGGAGGAGAAUGGAGGAGGAAGAGGAGGUUUUCAUUCAUUCAAGGAAUGAUUUAGAAAAAUGUUUUAAUGUUAAGGGGCCAUUUCUGUGCCAGAUGGGCCAUCUCCUCACCCCAUCUAAUGCGCUUAGAGAAGAUUGUGUUUGGACCCAGUUUAAGCUCUGAGCCAUGUGCCGUUUUGGGGUUGAGGAGAUCGAAAAUGUCCAUUAAGCAAAGCAACAUGCAACAGAACUGGACUUCAAACAGUUUGAGGAUGAGGAAGAAGAUAAAGAAGAAGAAGAGGAGGAAGAAGAAGAAGAAGAAGAGGAGGAGAAGUUAACAUCAAUAUCAUUGCUGCUACCUGAGGUCUCUGCACAUAAAUAAAUGCAUGGGCCUAAACGUCACUACUCUGAGACACUGAGCCCAUUUCUUAAAAAAAGCUACUUCUGUCUUUCCUGUUUUUCAGUUUGACUUUUCGUGAAUACUUCAAACCUUCUUGUCAAACCUUCUCUGUGGCUGACUACUAUUUCUGCCUUCUGGUUCUACUUUGACCUCAUGGCAAAACUGGCACUUCUUCUCACAAGCAGGGUGCCAAGGAGAAUGGAGUCCCAUGACCUGUAUAGAUGCACAAGACUUUUGGCCUUGUGGUUUUAUAUGGUCAUAAAUCUCCUUGGUGACUUAUAAUAUUCCUAUAUUUUACAAUACAGGGUACUUUAUUCACUAUAUAGUACUAAUAUGCCUAAACUGCCUGCCAAUAACUCAUGUGUCUAGGCUGUCUAAAGGUGAUGCUAGGAGUUGAAACAUCCCUGCUAUACCACUUCCGCUAUCACUGCCACCUUGCACUCCGCCACUGCACUGCCAGGCAGUGUGCCCGGGGGCCAACAGGGCCAGGUCCCACCAGGUUUUCUAUCAGUGCCCUAGAUGGCCAGUUCAACACUAUAUAUGCUCCCUGUGUCUGUAUUGGUUUCUUCCAAGUAUUCCAGUUUCCCUCUCACCCCAAAAACAGUUUUAACAUAUCAGUACUAUAUGAAUAUUAUACACAAAAGUCAUGAAUAUCCUGUAAAUUAUACCAUUAUAAAUGGUGUUUAGUGAUGUUAUCAGUUAUAAUCAGUGCUUGGUGAUGUCAUAUCUGUUACAUGACUUACUAAAACGUGUGUAAUAUCAUAAAAAAUGUACCCACUGCUGUAAAAUAUAAGGGUAUUAGAAGUAAUAAUAUGGUCGUGGAACUCCUCAGUGACUUAUAAUAGCACUAUAUUAUACCAUUAUAAACGGUACUUAGUGACGUCAUAUGUUAUAUUCAGAGCUUAGUGAUUUAAUUUGUAUCAUUUGACACACUGAUGCUUGUGUAUUAUAAUAAAUAAUGUACCCCCUGUUGUAAAAUAUAAGGAUAUGCUGAGUCUGUACAGUAAUGUAGACAGUAAUUUGACAGGCAUAGUCAGAACUGGAAUCCAUUUCUUUUAAUCAGUUUAGCCCUUUACAUAACAUUACAGCUGCCGGUGCCAAGCCAUUAAUUUAAUAAAUGGUUUAUUGUCUCUCUAACAGGGAGAUGUGUUCAGUUAUGUCUGCUUUAUACAGUCUGU